CGGUCAUAUGAUCAGCUGUGUCCAAUCACAGCUGAUCACAUGGGACAUGUACACUGAUCAUCAGGGUACUGAUGAUCAGUGUGCCCUGAUGAUCAGUGUGGCCCCAGAAGUGCCACCUGUCAGUGUCCAUCAGUGCCAGCUGUCAGUGCCCAUCAGUGCCACAUCAAUGCCACUUAUCAGUGCCUACCAGUGCACAUCAAUGCCACAUAUCAGUGCCCAUCUGAGCUGCCCUUCAGUGCCACCUAUCAAUGCCAAUCAGCGCUGCCAAUCAGUGCCACCUAUCAGUGCCAGUCAGUGCCGCCUAUCACUGCGCAUCAGU